AUGCCUCCCAGGCCGUCUUCUGGGGAACUAUGGGGCAUGCAUUUGAUGCCUCCGACAAUCCAGGUGGACUGCCUUCUCCCCAAUGGCAUGAUUCUGACAUUGGAGUGCACGCGCGAGGCCACACUCAUCUCGGUCAAACACGAACUAUUCAAGGAGGCCAGGAAGUAUCCACUCCAUCACCUCUUACAAGAGGAGACGUCCUACAUAUUUGUCAGCGUUACCCAGGAGGCUGAAAGAGAGGAAUUCUACGAUGAGACGAGGAGACUAUGUGACCUCAGACUUUUUCAGGCAUUCUUGAAAGUAAUCGAGCCAGUAGGCAACCGAGAGGAGAAAAUUCUCAACCGAGAAAUUGGUUUUGCCAUAGGAAUGCCUAUAUGUGAAUUUGACCUGGUCAAGGACUCUGAGGUGCAGGACUUUAGAAGGAACAUUUUGAAUGUCUGCAAAGAGUCUGUAGACCUCAGAGACACUAACGGACCCAUCAGUAGAGCCUUGUAUGUUUACCCUCCCAAUGUAGAGUCGUCAGUAGAACUUCCCAAGCACAUCUUUAAUAAACUUGACAAAGGACAAAUCAUAGUGGUAAUCUGGGUCAUUGUGUCACCCAGCAACGACAAGCAAAAGUACACGCUGAAGAUCAACCAUGACUGCGUGCCAGAGCACGUGAUCGCCGAGGCAAUCCGCAAGAAGACGCGCAGCAUGCUGCUGUCCCACGAGCAGCUCAAGAUGUGCGUGCAGGAGUACCAGGGCAAGUACAUCCUGAAGGUGUGUGGCUGCGACGAGUACCUGCUGGAAAAGUACCCCCUGAGCCAGUAUAAGUAUGUCCGGAGCUGCAUCAUGCUGGGUCGAAUGCCCAACCUCAUGCUGAUGGCCAAGGACAGCCUCUACUCCCAGCUGCCCGUCGACACCUUCGCCAUGCCGUCGUACGCGAGGCGCAUCUCCACGGCGACGCCCUACAUGAACGGCGAGACGGCCGCAAAGUCCCUGUGGACCAUCAACGGCACACUGCGGAUCCGGGUCCUGUGCGCCACCUACGUCAAUGUGAACAUCAGGGACAUUGACAAGAUCUAUGUCCGGACUGGGAUCUACCAUGGCGGUGAGCAGUUGUGCGACAAUGUGAAUACCCAGCGCGUGCCGUGCUCGAAUCCCAGGUGGAACGAAUGGCUGAACUACGACAUGUACAUUCCGGACAUCCCCCGCGCCGCCCGCCUCUGCCUCUCCAUCUGCUCCGUCAAGGGGAGAAAGGGAGCUAAAGAGGAGCACUGUCCGCUGGCCUGGGGCAACAUCAACCUGUUCGACUACACCCACACGCUGGUGGCCGGGAAGAUGGCCCUCAACCUGUGGCCCGUUCCCCACGGCCUGGAGGACCUGCUCAACGCCAUCGGGGUCACCGGAUCCAAUCCAAACAAGGAAACCCCUUGCUUGGAACUGGAGUUUGACCACUUCAGCAACCCGGUCAAGUUCCCCGACAUGCCUGCCAUCGAGGAGCACGCCAACUGGAACAUAUCCCGGGAACUGGGCUUCAACUACAGCCACAGCGGUUUGAGCAACAGAGUGGCAAGGGACAACCCCCUGACAGACAGUGACAAUGAACAGUUGCGUCUGGUGUGUAACAGAGACCCACUGUCAGAAAUCACUGAGCAGGAGAAGGACUUCCUUUGGAGGCACAGACAUUAUUGCGUCAGUAUCCCUGAGAUACUGCCAAAGAUUCUCCUGGCAGUGAAAUGGAACUCCAGAGAUGAGGUUGCACAGAUGUAUUGCCUUCUAAAGGACUGGCCAGCCAUUAAACCAGAGCAAGCCAUGGAGUUGCUGGACUGCAACUUCCCUGACCCCAUGAUCCGAGACUUUGCCGUAAAGUGCCUUGAGAAAUACCUAACGGACGACCGACUCUCUCAGUAUCUCAUUCAGCUGGUCCAGGUUCUAAAGUACGAGCAGUACCUUGACAACCCACUGGCCCGCUUCCUGCUGAAGAAAGCUCUGACUAAUCAGCGGAUAGGACAUUUCUUCUUUUGGCAUCUCAAGUCUGAGAUGCACAACAAGACGGUGAGCCAGCGGUUCGGCCUGCUGCUGGAGUCCUACUGCCGGGCCUGUGGCAUGUACCUGAAGCACCUGAGCAGACAGGUGGAGGCCAUGGAGAAACUCAUCAACCUCACUGACCUCCUUAAGCAGGAGAAGAAGGACGAGGCCCAGAAGGUGCAGAUGAAGUUCCUGGUGGAGCAGAUGAAGAGGCCAGACUACAUGGAUGCCCUGCAGAGCUUCACCUCCCCGCUCAACCCGGCGCACCAGCUUGGAAACCUCCGGCUGGAGGAGUGCCGGAUGAUGUCAUCAGCCAAGCGGCCUCUGUGGCUGAACUGGGAGAACCCUGACAUGAUGUCAGAGCUGCUCUUCCAGAGCAACGAAAUCAUCUUCAAAAAUGGAGACGAUCUCAGGCAGGACAUGCUGACUCUGCAGAUCAUUAGGAUAAUGGAGAACAUCUGGCAGAACCAGGGGCUUGAUCUCAGGAUGCUGCCGUACGGCUGCCUGUCCAUCGGUGACUGCGUGGGCCUGAUCGAGGUGGUGAGGAACUCCCACACCAUCAUGCAGAUCCAGUGCAAGGGCGGUCUCAAGGGGGCGCUGCAGUUCAACAGCCACACGCUGCACCAGUGGCUGAAGGACAAGAACCGCGGGGAGAUGUAUGACCAGGCCAUUGACCUGUUCACACGGUCGUGUGCGGGCUACUGCGUGGCCACCUUCAUCCUGGGGAUCGGCGAUAGGCACAACAGCAACAUCAUGGUCAAAGACGACGGACAGCUGUUCCACAUAGACUUUGGCCAUUUCCUGGAUCACAAGAAGAAGAAAUUUGGCUACAAGAGAGAACGCGUCCCUUUUGUUUUGACACAGGACUUCUUAAUCGUCAUAAGCAAAGGAACCCAGGAGUGCACCAAAACCAGGGAGUUCGAGAGGUUCCAGGAGAUGUGCUACAAGGCCUACCUCGCCAUCCGGCAGCACGCCAACCUCUUCAUCAACCUGUUCUCCAUGAUGCUGGGCUCCGGGAUGCCCGAGCUGCAGUCCUUCGACGACAUCGCCUACAUCCGCAAGACCCUGGCGCUGGACAAGACGGAGCAGGAGGCCCUGGACUACUUCAUGAAGCAGAUGAACGACGCCCACCACGGCGGCUGGACCACCAAGAUGGACUGGAUCUUCCACACCAUCCGCCAGCACGCCAUGAACUGAGGAGGAGGCCGUCCGCGCGGAGAGCCGGCGACGCGAAGGGGCGGAUCUCCGCACCUCCCGCCUGGGACUGGAUGUCAGUGGGAAGACGAAGGUGGAUUUUGUCACUUUCAGCCAGGACGCCGUGAGUUGAGAUGGCGGAGCGCUAGCGUCCAGGGACGGAGCUACGGGGGAGUAGAGCCAUUAGGUUAGCAGGAGGGAUUGAGUGGCUAGAAAGGAUCGCUACAUCACCUGCUAGCUUCAGACUCGGGAGAGGGGUGCAGAUCUUUGCACCAUCCGCUAGGAGGCGCAAUAUGGAUAUUAAUUGAUGCCCCUGUUACGGAAAUUAGGGGAUAAUAUGAUAAUCAUAUUUUUUAUUUUCUUUGCCCAUGUUUGUAUGGACACAAAUGUUUUCCCCUAGGAGAGAAUAAUGUUAGAACAACCACAAUUACAAAGAUCAGUUUUGUAAAAAUGUCAUUUUAGAUUAAUUAGAUUAGAUUAAUACUGAUCUAUUGUAUUAUCAGCCUAUGGAGAUGUAUCACAUUGGCCGAUACAGAUUUGGUGGACAGUGUGUAACAUUAUCAACUGAUGUUGUGCACCCCUUUAAUUUAUAAUGUACCCCAAACCCCAGUUGGCCGUAAACAAAGCAGAGUGCUUCCUCUAGCCUCUUUGUCCUGCUGGUACCAUGACAACAUGAAGGUCUGCCCAGGGUCACCACAAAACAAAAACGGACCUAAAUUGUGUGUUUCGUAUCGGCCAAAUCUUGGCACUCUCCAUUUCAGUCCAGUUCCUUUGUCUCUGUGCCAACGGAACGCGACCCAGAAUAACACCAGCAUUGUUGAAGCCCGGUGGGGGACGUCUGACAAACACCAGGAAGUCCGUUGUACCUUCAUCGUCUGCGGUCGUAAAUCCAAGGCUGGCAGAACCGAACUAUUGCGACACAUCAUCACGAUCUCAACUGACACAACGGGUCAUUGUCCGUCAGAAUUCAAUGUCUUGUUUGAGGUUUUGGGUUUUGUAUAGACGUGUCCCGAUGAUCUCUCGUAUGCAUACUGUGCACAUAUUAUACUCUCGAGUCUUUAUUUUCUACUGAGCCAAAGUGUUAUAUAAAUAUAGUGUAUAUAUAACUCACUACAUCCUACUUAGUCUUAACGUGUAAUAGUCACUACUAUUCCAACCCCGUGUAUAUUCUUCGUAGCACUGAUUUCUGACGUAUUUGUAUUUGUUUGUCUAUCAGUAUUAUGUGUGUGUGUGUGUGCGUGUGUGUGCGUGUGCGUGGCAUUCUGACGCAGAAUGGCUGCCGUCCCAUCACCACAGUUGGAUGGAAUGCUGAGGUUCUGGAUGACUGACGGAGAAAAAACGUAAAAUAAUUUGCGGAAUGCCCAGACAAAAGACAUUUGAAAUCAUCAUCAUUUUUUUAUUUUAUUAAGGGAAAAGGGGUUAAGGAUGCGCAAUGUUGUUAUAGUACGCCGUGCUGUUAGACUAUGUUGUUAUAGUACGCCGUGCUGUUACACUAUGUUGAUAUAGUACGCCGUGCUGUUACACUAUGUUGUUAUAGUAUGCCGUGCUGUUACACUAUGUUGAUAUAGUACGCCGUGCUGUUACACUAUGUUGUUAUAGUACGCCGUGCUGUUACACUAUGUUGUUAUAGUACGCCGUGCUGUUACACUAUGUUGUUAUAGUACACUGUGCUGUUACACUAUGUUGUUAUAGUAUGCAGUGCUGUUACUAAGUUAUAGUACACCGUGCUGUUACACUAUGCAAAUUGUGAUCCUCUUGUACUGUACUCUAUAGACUUGCUAUACCAGUGUCAAGGCAGCGCGAAGCGAAAGAGAUGGUCGUGUCUCUGAAUUGUGCAUAUACUCAGCAUUAAGGGUAUCUUAACUUGGUACGGACCGUACGCAAAGGGUUAAUUCAGCAUUUUGCACUGUGACAGUAUUACCUAGCCUGUCUCUUUCCUGACAGGACGACUGUCGGGGAAGAACUGUGAAAGAAAAGCCUCUUUUGACCUCCGUUUUGACUCUAAGGAACUAAACAAGACACCCACAGGUUGGCACGGAUAAUAUCAGUUGAACGUCUGCGACCAAUCAUUUAAAGAAGUGUUUGGAAACACAGUUGGGGUCUUUUUCCAACUGUGAAUUAGAAUGAAUUUUCAUUGCGUUAAAAUCUUCAUAGCAUUUAAGUACAUAUAUAUUAUACACAAUUCCAGACUUCCACUGCAUUCUUUUCCAUAGGAACUCACUUUUUCCAUAUGAACCUAUUUUUUUAUAUAUAUAACGAAAAAAAAUGUCUGAGGAGAAUUUGGGGUUUUGCCUUUCCGCCCAGAAACAACCCCGGGGAAGUGGAUCCGGCCGUUGCUCAGUGUGUAGAGAUGCGGUAUUUGGCGUUUGUAUGCUGUGUCAGAUGGUGUUACAGAAGCCGGUUACAGACUUGGGCAGGACCCAUUCAAAAUUGGACAACUACAAAACCUGUGUCUGCACUAUGCAAGAGCUAUCAUAAAACAGUAUUUUUUUUUCCGGUUUGGGAAAGGUAAUCAUUUCCUUUCUGCUUUGUGCGCGGGGUCCUCGGAUAUCUUUGGUUCAACCAAGUGUUUACUUGAAGUUCAUGCUAAAUGACCUUUUGUUACUUGUGAGGUACAACAACGUUGCCAUGGAGACAACCGAUACUGAUACAGCUAUGUGUGUAAAUCACUUCCCUUCAAUAACUCAACAAAGAUAAUAUAUUUUUCUAUUGUUAAUGUAGACAACUCAAUAUAAUCCCGUAACCCAAAAAAAUUAAUAGUGGAAUGAUGCAGUAUAUGUCCUUUACAACCCACUAGACAGUUUGUAGUUGUUGAAAUUCUGUGAAUGAGAAACAAGUGACGAAUGAAUGAAGGACAGUCAAGUGUUUGGCAAGGAUGGGAAUGUAUCAAGCAGAGCAGAGGGAUCCAAACCCUCGCUGAACCCCAGCCAUUCCAUUUAUCUGGCCUUUUCCUGAGCCUAGCGCACCUAAUUAGGCUGGUCGGCUGAUCAAGACCUAGACCAGUGAAUGGGGUGUGGCUGUUUACGGCUACAGCGAUGGUGAAAUGUCUGUGGGUCCCUGAUGAAAGGGGGCGGGGACCUAGGGGGCGGGGUUUCACUGAAGUUUGGCUGCUCUGUCUGUAAUCAGUGUAAUGGCACAACAAUAAAAUAAAAAAAAAAACUGCAUGUUUUUAAGACUGUAUUCACGUGUUAUCUAUUCAUCCCCGUGAAUACGUGCUGACCUGUAGUAUACUCUCAUUACGCUUUCAUACUCGUUUUACAUGUCCAGAAUGAACUCUGUAUUCAUUCAUUCAUUGUACUGUUAUAAUAAAAUAAACAUGUUUAUUCUGA